AUGGACGACACAUCCUGCGUAGUUGCAGAGAUCAUGGAGUGGACGGAAGCGCACCAGAAGUUGUACGCCCGCGAGUCCGAGCCGCUGCAUUGGAUGAACUUGUGGAGCUGCCGCGUCGGCUGCGACGGUGACGAUGAGCUUCUGGAGUACGAGGGGGAGAUGACUCCACCGGGACUCCGGAGCCGCCAGAAGCGUCUGAGCUCGGUCGAUGAACAGCAGGGCGAGAUAUGUUCCAUCAGCUAG